AUUCCCGGUUAGCCUCAAUCAAUCUCGCUUCUCCCCAAUCACAAUUCCACUCCCAAUCUCCGAUUCCAAAUCCCACCGCUACAACGUUGACACUAACAAAGGUUUUCGUUUCAACGAUUCAUUGUCGCACACACCAUUGGUCUCUCGCUGUCACCCGCAUUCGCUACCCUCCUCCGCUUCCCAUCAAGUUGCCGUUUUUAUGCCUCCCACGCGUUCCAUGACCGAAAUGAAUCGUGGGUUUUGGUUCCCAGCGCGUGACAUUGAAUGUAUCUAUCGAAACGAAUCGUGGGCCUUCGAAAGGGUGUAAAACGCGAUGGAGAAUUCGGAGUGGAUUUGAAUUUUGGAGAGAUUAAGAUUGGCGGGUGCUUUUUAAUUUAUUUUUAAAAAUUAAGUAAAAAAUAGGGUUGGGGGAUUUGGGAUUUAGAUUCGUGGUGUGAGAGAUUGUGGAUGGUAUGAAAGGUGAAAAUUUGAAGGGAGAGCAAUGACUGGAGUGUCAUUGGGUCUACGCACAGGGAGCUAUGGGUCGCUGCAGCUGCUGCAAAGCGGCAACGUUUCGCCCAUGCUUGUGCGUAGACCUUCAAAGGCGCUCCUUUAUAACCCCAGAGAGAAAGAGAGGGGUUACCCUUUGAUUUGCCGGCACCUUGGGCGAGGGAAGGUGGCAAUGCUGCUCAUGCUUGGCCUUGGCCUUUGUCUUUUUGCUUUUGGUUGCUUCACUGUAUACAAGGGUGGAAACAUCACUAAUGAAAUUGAAGAUACACGAUCUUAUGCCGUUACUAGGUAUGAAAUUUUAAAACCUCAUGGAGUAGUAGAAGAUAAGUUACAGGCUAGUAAUUCUUCUAGAGCGACCUCAUUGACUAGUAGACAUAGAGAUAGAGAUACAGCUAGGCCUCCUCCUGCUCCUCCUCAUUCACAGUCCUUGUCUAAGUCUAAAGGCAAAAGGGGAUAUUUUCCUACCUUGGGACAUCAAUGUGACCAUUUUGCAUUUCCUCCUCCUCCACCAGCUGAUAGAAGGCGAACUGGACCACGCCCAUGUCCUGUGUGUUAUAUUCCAGUGGAGCAAGCUAUAGCUACUAUGCCAAGUUUCCCAUCAGAAUCUCCUAUACUUCGCACUUUGACAUACGUGCAUCAUGAAAAUCCAAUUAAAAGUGAACCACAUGGUGGUUCUGAUUUUGGUGGGUUCCCUUCUCUGGAAGAAAGGGAUGCUGCUUUUGAUAUAAAAGAGACCAUGGCAGUGCACUGUGGAUUUGUGAAAGGAAGCAGACCUGGUCGCCAGACAGGAUUUGAUUUUGAUGAUGCAGAUCUCUUAGAGUUGGAUCAGUACCAUGAUGUCAUUGUUGCAUCUGCCAUAUUUGGAAACUAUGAUGUUAUACAGCAGCCCAGGAAUAUCAGUUCAGAAGCAGAGAAAAACAUUCCUUUCUAUAUGUUCAUUGACGAAGAAACGGAACUGUAUAUGAAGAAUGCCAGUAUUUUGGGUAGCAGCAGGAGAGUUGGACUAUGGAGAAUCAUUGUUGUCCGUAAUGUUCCUUAUGCUGAUGCUCGGCGUAAUGGAAAGGUUCCAAAGCUUCUUUUGCACAGAAUCUUCCCCAAUGUCCGAUAUUCAAUUUGGGUUGAUGGGAAGCUUCAGCUUGUUGUGGACCCAUAUCAAAUUCUUGAAAGGUUCUUGUGGCGCCCAAAUGCUACUUUUGCAAUUUCAAGACACUACAGACGCUUUGAUGUGUUUGUUGAGGCUGAAGCCAAUAAAGCUGCAGGGAAAUAUGAAAAUGCUUCCAUUGAUCGCCAAAUUCAAUUUUAUCAAUACCACGAUGGUUUAACUCAUUAUUCCAAGUAUAAGCUUCCUAUAACUAGUGAUGUUCCUGAAGGUUGUGUUAUCAUAAGAGAACACAUUCCUAUAACAAAUCUCUUUACCUGCUUAUGGUUCAAUGAAGUUGAUCGCUUCACUUCCAGGGAUCAAUUAAGCUUUUCCACAGUAAGAGACAAAAUAAUGGCAAAAGUUGAUUGGAGUAUUAAUAUGUUUAUGGAUUGUGAAAGACGUAACUUUGUGAUACAGGCCUACCAUAGAGACAUAUUGGACCACAUGCCUCCUCCAGUUGUUGUAAUUCGACGCCGUCCUAGUCCACCGGUUGCUUAUACUAACAGGUCUCAGGUGAAGAAGAAUCCUAGGCGUGGGAGAGAUAAGAGAUCUGGUUCAAGGCGUCAUCAUAAAGUAGGCACUGUUGUUAUGAAUCACAAUUCAUUUUAGUGUCAUCUUCUUCCUUGAGGUUUUUUGGUUUCUUUUUAACUCCCUUGAUUAAGUGUAAAUGCAUUCUUUGUUGCAAAUUAUACAUCAAAGAGCUCCAAACAACUGAUACGAUUUUGAAAUUGUUGCUUCCUUGGCUGUUUUUUGUAAAUAUCUUUGGUAAAAAUUCUUACCAUCUUUUCCAGAAGGGAAAGAAACUUCUAACCGUUGAGUUUUACAAUUGAGACGAGUAUUUGUUUUCACUUACUAAAGAAAACCUUGUAAGUUUAUAAUUGUUUACGAAAAGUUAAAUUAGGGAGCUUUUUGAAGAAGUUGAGGUGUAUAAGUUCAUUUUAAUUUAUGUAACAGGUCUACUUCAUUUGAUUGUUAAACAUACUGAUUAGGACCCAAUUUUUUUAUCAUUUAUGUGAAGAAGACUUUGUUUAGAGGAACCUUAUGUUUUGAUAAUGAAUUCAAUUUUGGUUGUUAGU